AUGGCAAUUUUCACCACUUUCUCAAAAGCCUCCUCAUUCAUCAACAGACCUUUCCCUCUCCUCCACCCGAAAUGUAUGAGCAAUGUCCCUGAAAACACCGUCUACGGCGGGCCAAAGCCCCAGAACCCUAACCAGAGAGUGACCCUAACCAAUUUAAGGCAAAAGCACCGCAAGGGCGAGCCUAUAACCGUCAUGACCGCGUAUGACUACUCGUCCGCGGUCCAUCUCGACACUGCCGGAAUCGAUGUGUGCGUCGUAGGCGACUCCGCCUCCAUGGUGGUCCAUGGCCAUGACACCACCUUGCCCAUAACAUUAGAUGAGAUGCUCGUGCAUUGUCGCGCGGUGGCUUGUGGAGCCAGGAGGCCUCUGCUUGUUGGGGACCUUCCAUUCGGAACAUACGAGUCGAGCACUCGUCAGGCGGUUGAUACAGCAAUUAGGGUUUUGAAGGAAGGAGGAAUGAAUGCUAUUAAAUUGGAAGGAGGGUCUCCUUCUAGAAUUGCAGCAGCGAAAGCUAUUGUUGAGGCUGGAAUUGCAGUUAUGGGGCACGUUGGACUUACUCCUCAGGCAAUUAGUGUUCUUGGUGGGUUUAGGCCUCAAGGGAGAAAUGUUGCCAGUGCUGUCCAGGUUGUGGAAGCUGCCCUAGCCUUGCAGGAAGCUGGGUGUUUUUCUGUCAUUCUGGAGUGUGUCCCUGCACCUGUGGCUGCGGCUGCAACAUCUGCUCUUCAAAUUCCCACAAUUGGCGUUGGAGCUGGGCCUUUCUGCAGUGGGCAGGCCUUGGUUUACCAUGAUAUACUGGGAAUGUUGCAGCAUCCACGUCAUGCCAAGGUUACUCCAAAGUUCGUUAAGCAGUAUGCACAUGUUGGAGAAGUCAUCAACAAAGCUCUUUUGGAGUACAAGGAAGAGGUCAUAAAUGGUUCAUUCCCUGGUCCUAUCCACAGCCCGUAUAAAAUUAAUGCUGCCGAUGUAAAUAGUUUCUUGAAUGAGUUACAAAAGUUGGGAUUGGACAAGGCAGCCUCUGCAGCUGCUGCAGCAGCUGAUAAUAUUUAGACAGCUGAAUCUUCUAAUGGAGGAAGCCCAACAGGUGACUAAACAUGUGCCAGCACGAGCCUGAUCAAAUUGAGCACUUGCUCUUGUUGUUGAGUGAGUUUUUUUUUUUUUUUUUUUUUUUUUUCAGAUGCGGCCAAGUCUAACUCAUAGAAAGUAGGGCUGACAAGCUCACUUUCUUCAUGCCUUUUAGAUUCCUUUCUCAUUAGUAUAUUUUAAUAUAUUUUUAAUAAAA